AUGAAUCGGAACUGCGCUUCCCCGGAAGAAGGUGGCACUACUGAGCAAUUGGUCAAAGAAGCUUCUGACAUCGUCGAGAGAGAUGGUUUCGAAAACAAAAAAAAACCUCCAACAUUGAAAUUAGAACAUGUCGAAGUUGUUGGAGAGAAAUCCCCAACGCCUGCUACAGUUUACGACCUGUUCAAGAAAUAUAAAAAGCCAGAUAUUGUAACAAACAGUAAUGGAGAUGACAUGAACGUUGGAUUCGAUCAACUGUCUUCCGAUGAAAAGAAUGGUUUCCUCAGAAAGCUGCAAAUGUUGACUGUUAGUAGCAGGAAGUCGGUCAAAGUAGUUGGUGAAUCGACACCAUCUUCUGCGGGACGUUUGUUGAAGAAGUUUGCCCCAUCAAGAAAACCAACUGAGAAAAUAUCUGUUGAUGAACCCCCAAGCCGUUUCAACUUUUUCGGUAGAUCGACGAAGAAGCUAUCUGAUUCAGACAGACCGAGUAGUCUUCCAAAGAAGAAGUCUGCCAGGCGAUUACUCUUUGGUAAGGAAGAACAGAAGCCAGAACCGGAGGUCGUCAAGAACCGAGUCUUGCCUGCUAUGACUAGUCAACAGUCUGCAAAAGGUGCCCCGAUUCCUAUCAACAAACCUUACCGUUACCAAGGUCCACGAGGAUCAUUGGAGACUCCAACAGAUUCGCCAGCUAAAAUUAGCUCGAAUUCGUCGAGUUCCUCUCCGAUUCCACCAGUGCCAACCCGUAAUCAUUUCACUUCGAUGAAUGAAGAGUCGCCAAGUAAGAAAAGAACAUUCUCUCGUCAAGGAUUAUCGAAUCGGGAUAAUUUGUCAAACGGAUCCUGGCAUGGAGAGCUCCCACCUAGAGAUUAUACCAGUCCCACAUUCUCGCGAAAAAUCUUUGUCGGUGGAGUUCCAUGGGACAUUACUGAAGCUGCACUGAAAGAUUCGUUUGGUGAGUUUGGAUCCUGUGCCGUGGAAUGGCCAGGACAGGAAGCUCGUUAUCGUAGCGGGCAAUCGAAUAUCGCUCCGCUGACCAACCUAAGGAACCAAUCCAAGUACGCUGGACAAGCUGCAACUGGCUAUGUCUACAUGAUAUUUGAGGACGAGCGUGCUGUCGCUUCGCUGCUUCAUGAGUGUUCACAAGAAAUCGGGGGCGCCGGUGAAUGGUACUUCAAGAUUAGAGCCCAGCGAUCAAAGUCAACUGAAAUUCGUCAAGUGCAAAUCAUACCGUGGGUAACAUCCGAUUCGAUGUUUUGCGAAGAUGAGUCUCUAUUAGAAACUGGGAUAGAACCAAAACGAACCGUCUUUGUCGGCGCUCUUCACGGGAUGAUGACAGCCCAAGUUCUCCAUUGGAUAAUGGAGGACUGCUUCGGAAGCGUCGAGUGCGUUCAAUUGGAUACGGAUAAGUUCAAAUAUCCGAUUGGUAGUGGCCGUGUAACUUUCCGCGAACAUGGGGCCUAUUUCAAAGCGAUAGAGAUGGGAUACCUUCAUGUACACACCAGCAAGUUCCGAAAACGUGUUCAGAUCGACCCGUUUCUUGAAAGCACAAGUUGUAUGGUGUGCACUACAGAAUCUGCUCAAUGUUUCUGUCGAAAUCGUAACUGUUUCAAAUACUACUGUCACACUUGUUGGGCGAUUGAUCAUGGAAAAGACAAUGCUGAUGAUGUCCACGUCCCAGUUAUCGUACCGUCCUCCGCUUCUAAAGCCUAUGCAGGGCCCCAUCGUCGACCACACUUAACAAGCAACUCUCUAUCUAAAAGUCAUGGCUGUUCGACCAACAAUCAACUGUCCCACGUCUUGUCUCCAGGGUUCCCAAUGAUAGUAGGCGGUCCAUCUCAAACGCUAUCUGCGCUUUAUGGUUACAUCCAAAACAAUCAACAAAUGAUGCUUACUCCUGCCGUGUAUGAGACACCAAUGACGCCGCCAUCAAAUGAAUCAAACGCGAAAAGAAGAAGUUUCACGGAGUUUCAGAAUCCGGCCAUUUUCUUCAACCCUAGUUCGAUGAUGACUCCUCAAAAAAGUGCCACUUGUUCCGAAACCCCUGUUCCUGCAUUCUUCACCAACUCUGCAGCUUUCCUCACACCAAAUUCUAAUUACUACGGUUCUCCGAAUCAUUCUUCAAGCAACAUCUCUCAGUCCCCUCAGCAGUACUAUGGCGCUAACCUGUAUUAUGGCUACAUGCCACCACAAGUGGCAUACGAUGGAUCGACUAAUGGAUCCAAACUCUCUCCGAUACAUGUUCCACAUAUCCCUAAUUACCAAUAG